CCUGGGCUCCUGUCAGCGCACCAACUUGUUAUUCUCUUUACACUCUGGGCUCGCUGCAGGCAGCAGGACGUCUCUACCUUCAGCUUCAAGGUAGUUAACCUACCCAGGCUGUGGCAUCUCCAGUGUUGGUGGCUUUUAAGAGCUGUUAGAGAAGUAUCUGUCAGACAUCGCACCCUCCGAGAGGAAUGGCUGGCACCUUCUGUCGUCUCCUGGCUGGCCGUGCAACCACUGCACUCUUUGCAGCCGCAGGCACAGGGGUGCUAACCACCGGGUACCUCCUCAACCAGCAAAAUGUGAAGGCUGCUGUUCAGGAAAAACGGAAGCUCUUCCCUCCGAGCGCAGACUAUCCUGAUCUCCGCAAACAUAACAACUGCAUGGCUGAGUGCCUCACACCAGCCAUUUACUCUAAGCUAAGGGACAAGAUGACUCCCAACGGCUACACCCUGGACCAGUGCAUCCAAACUGGGGUUGACAAUCCUGGCCAUCCUUUCAUUAAAACUGUGGGCAUGGUCGCAGGUGAUGAAGAAUCCUAUGAGGUGUUUGCUGAGAUUUUUGACCCUGUCAUUAAAGUGAGACAUAAUGGCUAUGAUCCACGGACAAUGAAGCAUCACACGGACCUGGAUGCAUCCAAGAUCACCCAUGGUCAAUUUGACGAGCACUAUGUCCUCUCAUCACGGGUGCGGACUGGCCGCAGCAUCCGAGGCCUCAGCCUUCCUCCUGCCUGCAGCAGGGCAGAGCGGAGAGAGGUGGAGAACGUUGUGGUCACCGCGCUCUCUGGGCUGAAAGGAGACCUCUCUGGAAAGUACUACAGCUUGACCAAUAUGUCCGAGAAGGAUCAGCAGCAGCUUAUCAACGACCAUUUUCUCUUUGAUAAGCCAGUGUCCCCUUUGCUAACAUGUGCUGGGAUGGCACGUGACUGGCCAGAUGCCAGAGGAAUCUGGCAUAACAACGACAAGACAUUUCUCAUCUGGAUUAAUGAAGAGGACCACACCAGGGUGAUCUCCAUGGAGAAGGGUGGCAAUAUGAAACGGGUGUUUGAAAGAUUUUGCCGUGGUUUAAAAGAGGUGGAAAGAUUAAUUAAAGAACGGGGCUGGGAGUUCAUGUGGAACGAGCGUCUCGGAUAUGUUCUGACCUGUCCUUCCAACUUGGGAACUGGUUUACGCGCUGGAGUCCAUGUUAAGCUGCCCAAGCUUAGCAAGGAUCCCAGGUUUCAAAAAAUCCUGGAGAACCUGAGGCUGCAAAAGCGCGGCACAGGUGGAGUGGACACGGCAGCUGUAGCAGAUGUGUAUGAUAUCUCCAACCUGGACCGCAUGGGUCGCUCAGAGGUGGAGCUAGUCCAGAUUGUCAUUGAUGGGGUCAAUUACCUAGUUGACUGUGAGAAGAAACUGGAAAGAGGUCAAGACAUCAAAGUGCCACCACCGUUGCCUCAAUUUGGCAAGAAGUGAUCUUGCUGCUGAUGGCUAGCAACUGAUGGAAAAUAUGGCUCCCGUUCUGACAGAAAGGCAUCUCUGUAUAUCUCUGUAUAAAUAUCUUGUGUAAUAAAACACUACCUGAUGUCUCCUCAGAUGCUUAGCUGCGCUGGCAGAAGCUAGUCUUCGUGCAGCUUUACUAGGAUGUACCCAAUACAACCAAGGUGGUACACUC